CCAUAUCCAGACCAGGGCAUCGGCCGUCUGCCGAGCCUUGCAAAACCUUCACAACGGGAUCGUUUGCGCAGAACUGGAUUUACAAACGACGAACCGAGCUUUGAGAUUUGUUCAUCUCUUUGUAAUCAGGGCAUUUACGAGUGCUACAAGCCUUGCUGUGAUGUGUUGUGCAGAAGGUGAAUCAAAUGCGGAGCGGUGAAGUGUGAAUUUAGGAAUCAAGGUAGUGGCCGAGAGUCGAUGCAGCGGAGUGGAUUGGGGUGGAACAAGAGGUGCAGGAGGGCGUAGCUCAGAAGUUGCUAGGUGUGUUACCAGCGGUGGUGUGGUGUAGAGGAACCCUAAUCUGAGCGUGUUCCGAUCACAAGAAUUUUGUGAACAUGGAAGAUCCUCCGCCUUAUGAGGAAGUAUCGCACUGCAGGGUGUGCAAUUGCCAAUUCACUAUGCUCAAGCGCCGGCAUCAUUGCCGUGCCUGUGGGAGAAGCCUCUGCAAAGAACAUUCCUCAAACCAAAAGGCUCUUCCUCAAUUUGGAAUCUACACUCCUGUACGAGUUUGCGAUGACUGCCUCAAACCUCCCAAGCCUAAAGCGAGGUCAGUCACAACCAAAAAAGUUGAGGAACCUGUGGAAAAGACAAGUGCAUCGUUUAGUAAAAUGAAUCUUUCUUCGGCUGGUCGGGAAGAGGAUGACGUUGCUCCUGCUCCACCUCCAACUCCAGCUUUUAAGUGUGUUUGCGGUAUGCCGUUGUGUAUAUGCGAAGCUCCUGCUCCUACUCCAGCUCCCGCACCAGAGCUGCGUUCACCCUCACCAUCUCCCGCCACGCAACAAGUGAGGUUAAAGAGGCCAUCCCCAGCUCCCGCGAAGACAUCUUCUCUUGCGAGAACCUCCUCCUAUGGAAACACUAUGCCCAGUUUGUUUUUCCAAAAUGGAAAUUCUUCACAAGGAAGCAGUCGUUCUGCCUCUAAGUUGUACGAGCCUAAUGGGGAGGGAUUGAGGGAGGCCGUUAUGGCUGCAGAUAUUGCUGCAGUCAAAGAUUUACUAGCCCGGGUUGGUGUUUUAUGCUUGGAUUUCAUAAAUAAUCGAUUCCGAAAUGGCCUUAACCCUAACCAUGUUGAUAAACAAGGGAUGUCUUUGCUUCACUUGGCUGCAAUGUUCAACUUCACUGAGAUCACGUUUAUGCUGAUGGAUGCUGGUGCCAAUGUUUCUGCUAAAAAUUCGCAAGGAGAGAGCCCUGUAGACUGUGCUCAAACUACCUUGAGUUACAAAAUGCGACAGCGGAUUGAAGCUGCUAGUCUGAGCUAAAACUUGGUGCUCAAUAUCAAAGGCACCAGUGUGCUUACGAAGCGCUUCGUAGAAAGAUGGAGCUGCCAUUCUCUUGUUUUGGUUGUAAAAUGGGACCUUCUAUCGAGACUGAUGGUUUCUUCUGGAGGAGCAUUUGCCGGCACUGCCUUGUCAAAAGACAUUGCGGGGAUUUCUGGAGUGAUGCCCGGCGUCUGGUUGCUUGGUUAUGUUAGUUUCAAUCGAGGAAAAUAUAUUGUUAUCCAAUACUCAUGCAAGACUUCAGACUCUUACAGUACUGAAAAGACUUUUAUUUUAUGUUAUGAAGAUUGAAAGGCGACAUUCUUAAUUUGCCUGUGUCCUUGCCAUGAACACGGAUUCUUAUGAUUUCUACAA